AUGUUCAUCCAAAAACUAGCUCCCAAGUCGUUUUUGGGAAAAUUCACAUUGCAGAAAGGUUCAUUGGUUGUUGGAAUUAUAACAUUGAUCAUUAGCGUAAUCUGUGUCAUUAGCAUUGCGAUAGAGAUCCUGUACUACAAGGAGUGUAAAGGAUGCUCUUCUCUGGUGAUGCACAAUGCGUACAGCUUUAGUAUCAACGCUGCCAUCUACUGCUUAUUCAUGUUCUUCGUCAAUCUCUGGUUUAUUUGGGGAGUUAGGAAUCGUAAAUCAUCAGUGGUACUAAGCUGGGUAGUGGUGACUGGGUUGUGGUGGGGCCAGUCACUGGUGCUGGUGUUUGUGCUGCUAUGUAUGUACAUCACUGACACCAGCCUCGGCUGGAUGGUCGCCCUCGCUGGAGCCAUAAUAGCUUACAUAAUUAUGGCCUAUUUCAUAUUGGUCGCAUACGGCUACUGGCUUUCAAUUCGAAAAAGAACAAUUGUGACCCCAGUUACGUCUACAGUUGCGGAAUAGAAAGUGUACGAAAAACGAAGCUAAAAGAGCAAAAGACAA